GAACCACCCAGGGAAGCUCGAAGUUAAAGCAUUACCAUUACCAUGGUGGUCGGACUUAGAGAAAAAAAGAAAAUAAUGACAAUCCUGCAUGCUUCUUGUUUUCCCCUCAGUCGAUAGACUAACUCACCACAGCCAUUGCCAUUACCAUGGGAAUGGAAAAUGCUCCCGCAGCGGGCGGGGUGCUAUCCCAAGUGAAGGGUCUCUGCAGGCGAUCCUUCACCUAUCUCCGGCUUCUGUGCUAUGGGAAACCAACACCCAUCGAUAUUGCGCUCAUGAUCAUCGGUACUCUUGCUGCUAUUGCUUCAGGUGUACCGUUCCCACUCAUCGGUAUCCUGUUUGGAGAACUAAUCGACGACCUCAAUUCGGCAUCGUGUAGCGAGAAGCAGUCACGGGAAGAGCUAUCAGCAUACCAGCAUGCGGUUAAUCACAAAGUUCUUGAGAUUGUAUACAUAGGGAUCGGAUACUUCGUGGUUGCAUAUGCCUGCGUCUUUUGCUGGAAUCUGACCGGAGAACGUCUAGCCCAGCGACUACGAGAGCGAUAUCUCAAGGGAUUGCUGCGGCAGGAGGCCAGUUUUUUCGAUGAGCUAUCACCUGGAGAGGCAUCUUCAAGGCUAACAGGCCACAUUUCCGUCAUUCAGCAAGGCACUUCGGAGAAGGUCAGCGCGGUGCUGAAUGCCAUUUCUUUCUUUGUCACGGCAUAUAUUGUAGCCUUCAUCAAAAAUGCCAAGUUGGCUGGUGAGCUUGUCUCAUUGGCUCCAGCGUAUCUGGCGAUGACCCUGGUGGGUGGCUAUUUCGUCCAGAAGUACUCAGGACAGAUGCUGGAGAGUGUCUCUGCGGCCUCGUCGAUUGCCAUGGAAUCCCUAUCCAACAUUACCGUUGUACACGCCUUUGGCGCCCAUGCUCGUCUGGAGGCAAAAUUUGUCCAAGCAUUGCGCACUGCCGUGAAAUCCGGAAUCAAGAAAGCAGCCGUCGUAGGAACCAUGUCCGGUUUGCUCUAUUUUAUUGCAUAUUCUGGAAAUGCGUUGGCGUUCUGGCAAGGAUCGACCUUUAUUGCGAAAGCACUUACUUCCCACAACAAUAGCUUUUCUGUGGGAUCCACCUACACAGUCAUAUUCAUCCUGGUAGAUGCCUCGAUCAUUCUAAGCCAAGUCGCACCUUUUCUGCCUGCAUUCGUGGCUGCUUCAUCCGCAUUUGAGGCAUUGGAAAAGGACAUGAUGCGACAGUCAAAAAUAGAUGGGACCGACGAAUCCAAUGGGCUGAAAUUGGAUCAAAUUGAGGGAGCUGUGGAAAUUAAGGACGUUUCUUUCACGUAUCCAUCUAGAAAGGAUUCCCCCGUUCUUCACAACGUAUCUUUGGUUUGCCCAGCCAAAAAGAAGACUGCCAUUGUCGGACUUUCUGGAAGCGGCAAGUCAACGGUGGCUGCAAUGAUGUUAAGACUCUACGAUCCCGAUCAAGGAGUCAUCCUGCUAGAUGGCCACGAUUUGAAGACGCUCAAUGUACCGUCUCUCCGACAACAUAUUAGUUUGGUUCAACAAAAUUCUCCUCUAUUGGACCGAUCCAUUCUCGAAUGUAUUGCCCUCGGUCUCGUCAAUUCGCCAUUCCAUCGUCAUUUGAAAGAUGCUUUGAUGAGCCCGGUCCUUUCCCAAGUUGCCAAGCGCAUUCGUGAAGGAGAGAACCCGAUGCAAGCAGCGGAGAAUCGAGGUCCUGAAAUAGUGGAAAUCAUACGGCUGGUUGAGCAGGCUGCAACUACAGCUGACGCAAUCAACUUUAUUAAUUCCCUAGAGCAUGGUCUCGGUACUCUCGUAGGCUCCAGCGGUGCUCUGAUCAGCGGCGGCCAGAGGCAACGGAUAGCGCUUGCUCGGGCUCUGGUGAAAAACCCGCCGAUCCUAAUCCUGGACGAGGCCACGGCUUCUCUAGACUCAGCAACUGAAUUACGUGUACAAGCAGCUAUUGACCAAGCGUCAACAGGAAGAACCGUCAUUGCCAUCACACAUCGUCUUUCUGCUGCCAAGAAUGCAGAUAAUAUCAUUGUUAUGAGAAAUGGGAAGGUAGUCGAGCAAGGCACCCAUUCGGAAUUACUUGCCAAGGAUCGGAGCGAGUAUGCGGAUCUCGUUCGUUUGCAGCAAUUGACAUUAUUCCAUGAAGAGGACACCCAGGAGACUCCUGGAAGCAGCUCGACCGAGAUCUUUGACAAAGCGGAGGCGAACGGCUAUGGCAGCGGCCAAGACACCGACGAAAGGACUGAGAUGUCCCUCGCCAAAAAGAUAUCCACGUCAUUUCAUCAAACUACCGCUGAUACCGAGAAGAAAGACGAAGAAGAAGAUGUCGGAGGUUCCGUGUUUAGGUUCAUGGGAUCGCUAUUUAGGCCAUAUCUUGUCGUACUGCUCACAGCCCUAAUUGGCGUCGUUGCUUUCGGCGGCACACAGCCUGCUGCAGCUGUCAUCUUCGGUAACACGGUGGGAAAUUUCAGCCCAUGUAAUCCUGUGCACCAUAUCCUGUCCUCUGGGCAUUUCUUUGGUCUGAUGUUUUUUAUCCUCGCGAUUAUCACCUUUUUUGCGAACUUUGUCGGCAUUUUUCUGCUUGGAUGGAUCGCUGAGAAGAUCCAAUUCACAGUCCGCGUCCUCAGCUUCCGGUCCCUUCUAGCACAAGAUCGGCAGUGGCAUGAAUCGGCUGGACGAACUCCUGCCCAGCUUCUGUCUGUGAUUACAAAAGACGGGAGCGCGAUAGGAGGCUUGACUGGGUCUACGCUGAGUUCCAUUCUUGGGGUUCUAGUCAAUCUGGUGGCUGCUAUUGUCAUGGCUCAUAUUAUUGCUUGGAGAAUUGCCCUAGUCUGCUUGGCCGUGCUACCUCUACUUAUUGGCUCCGGGGUCAUGCGGGUAAAGGCUUUGGUGGAUUUUGAGAAACGGCACGGUAAAUCCUUUGCUCAGUCCAUCUUCAUUGCUGUGGAGGCAGUGGACUCGAUUCAGAUGGUAGCUGCUUAUUCCCUUGAGGAUGAGAUUCUCAAAACUUACCGCCGCUCAUUACAAGGACCCAUCAAGGACGUCACCAUUCACAGCGCGUACGCGACGUUAUGGUUGGCAAUUGCGUAUGCGAUGGGCACUUUUCUUUACGCACUCGCCUACUGGUGGGGUACCAAACAAGUCAUUGAUGGAAACUACUCUCAGACGCAGUUUUUUAUUGUGAUGAUAGCUCUUCUUGUUGGAGCCCAGCUCUGGACCACAGUUUUUACCAUGGCGCCAGAAGUCUCUCAGGCCCGUGGUGCGAUUGCCCGGAUAUCGAAGGUAGUGAAUGAGGGUUCAACCAAGGCUCCCAAUUAUACAAAUCCCAGUGAUGAUAUAGAACGAUCUGCGGAAAGCCGCGAAAAAGCACCAGAGGUUGAUGGGGGGUCCCGUGGAGGUCUCAGUGUGGCCUUCAGAAACGUCCAAUUCUCUUAUCCAGCUCGUCCUGAGUCUCAGAUCCUACAUGGCCUCAACAUCAGUAUCCAGCCAGGGCAAUUUGCGGCAAUAGUCGGUCCCAGUGGUGCUGGGAAAUCAACGAUUGUUUCCUUAAUCGAACGGCUCUACUAUCCUUCAUCUGGUGCAAUCGAGAUAGAUGGCCGUGAUAUAACAAGGAAUUCGGGGACGGAAUUCCGUAAUAAUAUAUCCUUUGUUCCGCAAGAUAGUGUUCUCUUUGAGGGCACUGUCCGUUUCAAUGUUGGCCUUGGUGCACCACCAGAUCGCGAGGCCACCGAUGCCGAAAUCGAAGAUGCCUGUCGAUUGGCGAACAUCCAUGAAACCAUCAUGCGGCUGCCACAAGGGUAUGAUACCUUAGUUGGCGCGGGCCAUGGCCAGCUCUCUGGCGGACAGAGGCAACGACUAUCCAUUGCACGAGCCCUAGUCCGCAAGCCUCGUCUUCUGUUACUAGACGAGUCUACUAGUGCACUAGACGCAGAAUCGGAGCGACUCUUACAGGAGGGCCUCAACCAGGUCAAAGCACGCGGUGAUGUAACCAUGGUUGCCAUUGCUCACCGUUUAUACACCAUUCAGAAGGCCGAUGUUAUUUUCUUCAUCGAGGCAGGCCGCUGCGUUGAACAGGGCACUCAUUCCGAGUUGAUGAGCCGAAGUGAGGCUUACCGCAUCAACGCCCUGCAUCAAACAGUAGACCAUUGAUUAUGUCAAUUAUGUACUUAAGAAAUGAUACUUCGGGGUUGUCCAAGGGCUCUUUCAAUAGAAAAUUAAUCUUUGUACCAUGCUUUGUUUAUGCUUCAUGCACGGAUUCACCUAACUGCCUCUACUGCUAGAUUCUUCGGGAAACUCAUAUUUCCAAUCUACGGCUAGAAAUAUA